AUGGCAUUUUAUCUCUCGAAAGACCAAGAAAAAGAAUUAGCACAAAUUGCAACGACCAUUGCUGCACCAGGAAAAGGAAUUCUUGCAGCAGAUGAAAGUUCAAAUACAAUCGCUAAUCGAUUCUCAUCGAUAAAUGUGGAAAACAAUGAAGAAAAUCGUCGAGCCUAUAGAGAAUUAUUAUUUAAAACUGAUAAAAGCGCAAUAGCAGAACAUAUUAGUGGUGUAAUACUUUAUCAUGAAACAUUGUAUCAUAAAACAGCUGAUGGAGUACCAUUUACAACAUUAUUAAAAGAAAAUGGUAUUACGCCUGGAAUUAAAGUUGAUAAAGGAACAGUGCUGUUGGCAGGUACAAACGGAGAAACGACAACGCAAGGCCUCGAUGGUUUGGAAGAGCGAUGUAAAACAUAUAAAAAUGAUGGUGCACAAUUUGCAAAAUGGCGUGCUGUCAUUAAAAUUGGUCCAAAUAUGCCGUCACAAUUAGCCAUUCAUGAUAAUGCCCAGAAUUUAGCCCGCUAUGCAUCGAUUUGCCAGCAGGCCGGUCUAGUUCCCAUUGUUGAACCAGAAGUUCUUCAAGAUGGAGAUCAUGAUUUGGAAACUUGUCAGCGAGUAACAGAAAAAGUGUUAGCUGCCGUUUAUAAAGCUUUAAGUGAUCAUCAUGUUUAUCUUGAAGGAACAUUAUUGAAGCCAAACAUGGUCACCGCUGGACAAGCAUGCACAAAACAGUAUACACCUGAGCAAAUAGCUCUUGCCACUGUACAAACAUUACGCCGAACGGUGCCAGCAGCUGUUCCUGGCAUUUUAUUUCUAUCUGGCGGUCAUACUGAAGAAAACUCUACAGUAUUUUUAAAUGAGAUAAAUAAAGUUACUUUGCACAAGCCGUGGCCAUUAUCAUUCAGUUAUGGUCGUGCAUUACAAUCAUCGGUAUUAAAAGCUUGGAAGGGAAAUAAAGAAAAUAUUGAACAUGCACAAAAAGAAUUUGUUCGAUUAGCUAAACAAAAUAGUUUGGCUGCAUCCGGAAAAUACAAUUCAACUGAUAAGAAAACCUAA